AUGGCUUCUCUACAAUGGUUCCUCUUCGUCUACGUCCUCGGUGGCAUCACCUUCCUACCUCUCCUGGUCGUUCUGGUGCUGGCCCACGCCUACUAUACUCUACCUCCCCCCUCAAACGGAAGCGGGAAAGCACGGCGCGAUGAUGACCCCGCACAAUUACUGCGCGCCGAGGAUGACAAGGCUGCCUUCAAGACCGCCACCGAUAGCCUAGCCGAGCAGUUUCAGCGCAAGCACGACACUGACGUCGCUGCCGGCUACUUUGCCGUAUGCCGCGAAUACACCUCCGGGGUCGUCCUGACCAAGCCGCCGGACAAGGUCACUCCAGCUGGCGACGUGGUGGCGCAGGAGUCUCCGAGUGUCUAUCAGAGCAUGUACCGCAGUAUAUUCGACCGAUCGCAAAAGCCUACGAUUGAACCGAACAAGGACAACACAGGCAAGGGUACCAAGAAGACGAACAACGUCUUCUACGUCGUGCUUAGGCACGGACACCUCAUGCUUUACGACGAUAUUCAGCAGCUGGAAGUCCGCUACGUUAUCUCGCUCGAGUACCACGACGUCGACAUCUACGCUGGGGGUGAAGAGAUACCGGAGGGAGAAUUGUGGAUCAAGCGCAAUGCCAUCCGUCUGAGACGGAAACAGACCGAGGUCGGAGACAAGGCCACAUCCCAGCCCUUCUUUCUAUUCGGGCAAAGCCUGUCAGAGAAGGAAGAUUUCUACCAUGCAAUUCUGAAGAAUCAGGAGAAGGCCGUUACCGACGAGCCACCUGUGCCACAGGUGUUCGACGUUGGACAUGCGGUGCUACUGGUGCAGAAGCUACACUCGUCCGAGGAGCACCUUCAGACGAGGUGGCUCAAUGCCAUCAUCGGUCGGGUGUUUCUCGCUCUAUACAAGACACCGGAGCUGGAGGGUUUCAUCCGCGAGAAGUUGACCAAGAAGAUCUCGCGUGUCAAGAAGCCUACCUUCAUCACGAAGCUGGGCCUGCGGAAGAUUGAUCUGGGUACCGGAGCACCUUUUUUCACUAACCCGAGAUUGAAAGAUCUCACCGUGAAUGGAGAUUGCACCAUCGAAGCCGAUGUUAACUACACUGGCGGCCUCCGCAUCGAAAUCGCGGCCACGGCUAGGAUCGACCUGGGCGCGCGCUUCAAGGCCCGAGAGGUGGAUAUGGUCCUGGCCGUCACCUGUAAGAAGCUCCAGGGACACGCUUUGGUCCGAUGCAAACCGCCCCCCAGCAAUAGACUCUGGUUUACGUUCGAAAAGAUGCCACAAUUGGAUCUCGAUAUUGAGCCCAUUGUCAGCUCACGGCAAAUCACCUACACCUUCAUCCUCCGCACCAUCGAAAGCAGGAUCCGAGAAGUAGUCGCGGAGAGCAUCGUCCAUCCAUUCUGGGACGACAUACCUUUCUUCGACACCGUGCAUCAGAAAUACCGGGGCGGUAUCUGGAAGAGAGAAGCGCAAGACACUACGACAGAAAUCCCCGACGAGGAACCCGAGGACGUGUCCGAGGUAGACAGCUCGGGGACACCGACGUCCACCGAGAUGCGGGCUUUGAGUGAAAAUGGCGGCAUAGGCACGGCCAAGGCUGCAAAGAGGUCGCUGGCUUCAUUGAAUGAGAUCUGGGGCAAGAAGAAGUCGGAGCCAGUUGACAGACCGGACUCUUCGACUCCUCGAUUACUACGAUCUCCCUCGUUCGCUAACGCGGCCGAUCCGACCAUCACCACCAAUCACGCCGACGGCAACACCCCUACUCGAGGCUCAGAGACCGGCGCCAAUCGAGAGAGCAUUGCCACGAUCUUGAAGGAUAUCUCGGCCCGAUCGAGCUAUAGCAACCAGUCAGGACCAGACUCGCCCGCCGGAUCACCGCCUGCGGAAUCGGCGAUGGCAAUGGCUAUGAAAGGACGUUCUUCAAGCAACGCUUCUGGCGCAUCCGACGACGGUGAACAGGUUGGCCGGUUGGCUAGGAGGUCCUCCUCCCUCCCACAGACGCCGACAAAUGCCAGCCGCACUUCCCUUGCGCCCUCCGAAGCACAUGAAACGAUGGAUGAGAGCAGACCUCCUACAGCUGAGGCAGAGAGAGAGCCUCCCAAGAAAUUCACGUUCGGGGCAAAGUCAUUGACAAGCGGUGAUAGGAAACAAGCGCUAGCAUCUGUUAAUGCGGCAGCUGCAGCAGCCCAGAAAUGGGGUUGGGGAGUGCUGGCGCGGAACCGGCAGCGUGAAGCACAAGCGGCUGCAGCAAAAGCCGCCGAGGAAGCUUCGAACAGCGCCUCUUCUCCUAGAGAACCAAUGGGUCGUGGGAGGCCUUUACCGCCUCCCGGUAUGCCUCUGCCGCCGCCCGAACGACCAAAGUCUAGCUCCUUUCUGGCACCGAAGAGGAAGCCAGUACCGCCUCCACUAUUACCCAAGCGUCCUGGGACCGAUGGGCCGACCUCGGCCAAAUCCUCACCCAAACCACCUCUUCCGGAGAGACGCAAAAGGCAGAGUUCCAUGCAGACAGCUGACGAGGCUGAGAACGAAGUGCUCGUUGUGGAAGCUCCGAUCGAGUCCGCUCCAGCCAGUCCGGCCGGUGCUGAACGUUACGAUAGCGAACAUCGCGACGACUUUUUCGGGCACGGCGAGGAACAGCUUGGUCUUCCGCCAUCUGUGCUAGCCAUACCAGAUCCAAGUCCCGAGCAGGAUGAGCCGGCAGAAGAGGCGGGCAAUGGCGAAUCCGCAGAAGAGCACAUGCAUACACGGUUGGCAUUAGCUGAGAAACCCAACACCAGCGCCAGCGCCAGCAUCAGCAAGUCCUCACCGCCACUGGUUCAAGAGAGGGAAGGCGAAGAGAUCAACCGGCAGGAGAUACGCAUGUACACGUAG